CGGGCAGCGAACGGUCUUAGCUUCAUCUCCUCCGGAGCUGCCGGGGUGCGAGAGGCGAGUGUCUCCCCUGUUUGGAGAGUGGUGGAGUCGGCAGUGGCCAGGCGCUCUGUGCAUGUCAAACCUGUUGCCUGCCUGAGCUCGCUUUAGAUCUGGAGUUUAGCACAGGCAUGCUCCAAGGGUCCGGACUCGCCCCUCGAUCCACGUAUUCUGCUAGCAAUAUGCAGGAGGAUGAGGCCAGACCGAAUGUAGUCCUAUGUUCAGUGAAGAGAGCGUCAUAACCUGUGGAAGGCAGCACUGGACUGGACAGAGAUUAAUUAAACUGAAACUUUCCCACAGUAUCGUCAUGAACAAGCAGCUUUUCCAAAAUAAAAUGAUGCCGGGCCAACGCGUUGUUUCUGUACUUCUGCCAAACAAGGAACAACUUGAAGUCCUCGUUGGAGUAAAAGCUACAGGUCAGGACCUCUACGAUCAAGUUUGCGAUAUCCUGAAGAUCCGGGAUGGUCACUUCUUUGGUCUGAGUAUGGUACAAAACAAUGAACACAUUUUCAUAGACUUGGAGCAGAAGCUCACCAAAUAUUUUCCCAAGGAAUGGAAGAAAGAAAUUAGCAAAAGCAAUGAAAGUUUUGGUGCUCCAUUCGUCGUUUGUUUAAGGGUGCAGUACUAUGUUGAAAAUGGAAAAGUAAUAAGUGACAAGAAGGCAAGGCAUUUCUAUUAUUGCCAAUUAAAAGAGCAAGUUUUAAGUUCGAGGUGCACAAGCAAAGAGGAAGUCUAUUUUUUGCUUGCAGCAUAUGCUUUACAGGCUGACUUGGGGAACUACAAAAAGCACAUACACGUUGGAAAAUAUUUUGAGCCUCAGCAUUAUUUCCCUCAGUGGGUAAUUAACAAAAGGGGCUGCGAUUACAUUUUGAAGCAUGUUCCAGAAAUGCACAGAGAGCACCGUGGCCUGACUCCUAAAGAGGGAUUGCUGAGGUUUAUUAAAGAGGCCUGUCUUUUAGAGGAUGUGCCUGUUCAUUAUUACCGGCUCCAGAAAGACAAGAAGGAAGCGCGUCCCUCAGUGGUGCUUGGGCUCACUUUGAAAGGCAUGCAUAUUUAUCAGGAGUCUCAGAACGUCCGGCAAUUGCUGUAUGACUUUCCGUGGUCAAAUGUUGGCAAGCUUACUUUCCUGGGAAAGAAGUUUGAGAUCCAGCCAGAUGGUUUACCCUCCGCCCGGAAGCUGAUCUAUUACACAGGUUGUCCAUUCCGAUCCAGACAUUUGCUGCAGCUCCUCAGUAGCAGCCAUCGACUCUACAUGAAUGUUCAGCCCGUGCUCAAACAGAUUCGAAAAAUUGAAGAAAUGGAAGAGAAAAAGUGCUACAGAGAAUCGUACAUCAGUGAUGUCUUUGAGAUGGAUCUAGAACGACUAGAUGAGCAUUCACACGGCAGUGGAAGCAGUCAAGGAAGCGCAAGGAACAAACGGCUCUCCCGUCAUUCAACCGUUAGCCAUGGUAGUUCACAUACCUCUGGGAUUGAGGCAGAUUCGAGGCACAGAAUGUCUGUGGAGAUGGCAGUGGAUGAACCAUUUUCUACUGAGCCAGUGCACAGUACAGUUAAAUACUGUAGUAUGAUGAGCCGCAGAAGCUCCCAUACAUCAGGAAUUGAGAGUAGCAACAAAGACCGGACUGAUGAUGAUGAGGUGGAGGUCCCUGUCGAUGAUCCACUUGAGACAUCUCUAGAAAAUGUUAUAAUCGAAGGUGAAUCUGUUGACUAUCCCAUUUUAAAGCAGGACUAUUGGCAAGAUAUUAUCAAUGAUACCACUGUGAGUUUGUGCGAUCCUUCAGUAAAACUUCGAGGACAAAGUGUAGACUCGCUCUCACAGGCUACGCGAUCUAAGCCGCGAAAUUCCACUGAUCGCCAUAGUCAAAGCUUGGAUGAUGUACGUCUGUACCAACAGCAACCACCUUUAGGCUCCACUUUAUCUUCAGACAGCUCCCAGAGCUACACUUUUGGCUGCAUCAAUGAAGACAAAGAUAGCCAAUUUUGCUACACUUACUCCACAGCAGAUUGUAAGACUAAGUCCACCUUUUAUGGCAAACGUUCAAUGAACUGCCUAUCCCUGGACCUCCUUGGAGAAGAGCAACUACUGGAAUUUGUGGUAUAAUUAGUAGCUGUAUCAUCAUGGUUAAUUUGCUAAGUAGGCAAGCCCUGGACUGAUCUAUUUUUGAGGGUUAAAUUAUGAUUUAAGGAAGUUGUAUUGCGAAACAUAAUGUGAAGAUGUCCUGUAACAGGAAUCCACAGUAAGGUCCAAAAACAUGAGCCUAACAGUAAUUUCUGCAAACAAUUUAAUGGAGUACUGUAUACCUCACCAAUAUUUGGAGCCCAAACUAAAGAUUCAUUGUUAGAAUCUAACAGCAGUUGUAUGAGUAACUUUGGGACUUACUGUGGUAAUUUUGCAAUGGGUUUUAUUUCAUACAUAGAAAACAGAUGGAAAACUCUUAACUAUUCCUAUUUCAGUACCAGAGUUUUUGUUGACACUAGCCUUCUGCAAAACAAUUCCAUAUUUGCCCAAAUGAGAAAAAUACAGAUAUUUCAUCUUACCUGUGAGGCAUUCAAUGAAUUGAGUAACAAUGAACACUGACCACAAGAAUUAGGAGGAAUAGUCCAUUCAGCCCCUCGACCAUGCUCCGCCAUUCGAUAAUAUCAUGGCUGAUACGAUUGCGGCCUCAACUCCACUUUCCUGUCUUCGUCAGCCUCCCCACUUCCCCCUUGACUCCUUUGUUGAUGAAAAAUCUAUCUGAAUUGGAUAAUUGGAGUGAAUUGCCUUUAUUGUCACCUUCAUCCAGUGUUCCUAGGGCUCCCCAGCAACAAAAUUGGUGGGAGAUGUGCCUGCAUUUAAGAAGUUGUGUUUCAGCUAACCUGAAAGUUAAUUUUUAACAACCCACAACAGCAAGAAACAACAAUAUGAAGAUCUAUCCAGAGUACACACUUCAGAAUCAUUUUUUUGGGCACUGCUACGUUUGGAGGAUGAUGUUUAAACUGAACAACAUUCAAGCAAAUACCAAUGAAUGAUUACUUCAAUCAUUUAAAGAAAGGUAUGCCUUCAGUGGCAACAGAGUGACCAAUGCUGUAAUAAACUAAUGAACAAUAGGCUCCCAAUCAUUACUCUGUUGUUACUGGGAGAUGUUAAGCAAUUGUAUGAUGCUUCCUAUGACUAAGAAAGAAAAAUUGGAGAUCAAUCGGGUCAUUAUUUACCAUUGUGCACCUCUAAUCGGCAGGUGUGGAGUAGAAUUAAGAGGGCUGAGAAACAAGAUUUUAUUUGUUCUCUUCAAAAGCAUUUUGGUUUCAAGCAAGGUUGUGCAAUGCUGCCAAGAUCACCAUUUUAAAUAUGGAUGGUCAGAGUAGACUCCAGCAUCAUAUUCCUACCCAUCCUUGGUCUAACCUAUUUUGCAUUUAUACAGUGAUGGAAAUGAUAGGUUGCUAGUUUUAUAUUGGACCAAGUGGUUUUGGGAUGCACAGGAAGUGUUCACUUAAGAACAAUAUUAUAAAUUGCUCCUCUGUAAUGUUAACUGCGUAAAUGGAGACCAAAAAUGCACUGAACGUGGUAACAAAGGAAUAAUAUUGCGCUGCUUGUGAAAUGUAUCUUUGAUGCUGACAUGUGCCUUAUAUUGGAUUAAGAGAAUACGCAACAGUAUUCUCAGCAUUUAUCCACUGAGAAGUAAGAACUGAGUGGAAAAAUCAAAAUGCCAGAUCAAGAUGUGAAGAUGUAGUCUACUUGGAGAGAAAGGAAUUCUGUUUCGUGAAAUGAAGUAGUAAGUUCAGGCAGUAGGGAUGAAGAGAGACAGAAUCGGUUACUUUUCCUUUCUUCUCCUCAUCCUAUUUACAAAUAUUUCUGGUUGUUGCACUUUUUAAAAAAUGUUCCCCAGAAUGAUUAAAAAUUACAGCACUGAUGGUGCCCAUUCAACCCAUUGCACCUAACUCUUCAAAGGGAACUUCCUCCAAGUAGAUUUCUUUCUCCUCUUCCCAUAUCCUUUGUACUUUUUAUUUUAAGUAUUUAUCCAGUUGCCUUUUAAAUGAUAAGCUUUGUUGCCAAGUCACUUUCAGUAAAACAUUCCAUGUUCUACUGACCCCCUUGUGUAAGAAAUCUGCCUUCAUUCUUCUAGUGACCUUGCAUUUGUGAUCUCUAGUUAUCUAUUCAGCAGUUAAAACAAUUUUUCAUUAUUUACCAUGUCAAAAUUUUCCUAAUUUUGAAAAUCCUCUCUUAGGUCACCCUCCUUAAUCUUUGCUUACAGUGAAAAUGCUCCAAUUUUUUGAACUUGCCUUAAAAACUUUAACUACUUAUUUCUGGUAUUUCCCUAGUUAAUAUUUAUUCUAUUAUUUCUGUGGCUCCUAUAUUCUUCCUUAUUAGUGCCUAGAACUAACCAGAGUUCUGCAGCUGUAGUCUGGCAGACUCAUUCAACAUCAAAAACUGGUUAUUUGGUCAUUCAUUCAUGUUUUGUUUAAGGGAUUUCUCUACAUUCAAACUGUGUUUUGCCUAUGUAGCAACAGUAACUGCACUUCAAAAGUCAUCCCAUUGGUUGGGAUGUUCUAAAAAUAUGUUACAGUACUAUGUAAAUGAAAGGCACCAUCCAACCAGAUGUUUUACAAUCUCAACAUCACUUCCUCGCUUUGCAUUCAAUGCAUCUGUGACAUAAAACUCAAACAUAUUUGACUUUUUAUGGUUCUUUUCUGUGUUUCCACCUUUAAAGAGCAACUGCAUUUGAACCCCAGGAUAUCUUGGAAAGAUUAUAACCAUUAAGGAUUACUUACGUUUUGGGAAAAAGAAACAGAAAAAGGAUGUUUCACAUUCUCUGCAUUGAACUAUGCAUUGAUUUUACUAACCUAUCAGUGCCUUCUUGCAUUCUUCCUCUGUUUACCAUUCCUCAAGUUGGUAUUAUCAACAAGCUUUAGCUUCUAGUGGCUGUCUGGGGCAGACCCCUAUUCAUAUUCAUCCAAUCUGGAAAACAUCCAUUUACCUUUAUUUCCUACUUCCCAUUCCAGGGCGUUCUCUAGUAAUGGGAUUACAUUUAAUUUAAUGCACUGUUGCAGAUCUUGCUGAAUUCAACAACAAGGCGCAAAAAUGUGUCCAGUUCUGGCUGGGCCAUGUAUAGACUGUGUGUGGACACAAUAAGAAGAUUUAAUUUAAUGUGCCAUAGUUUUCCUAACAAGUCCCUUCUGUACUGCCUUGUCAAAUAUCUUUGGAAAUUCAUUUUUUCUAGCACCUUUUUUAUACCUUGAGAUUUUUUUAAAAACUUCAAUUAAUCGAGCAAGAGGUGAUCUUUACAAAUGUGUUCAGAUGAAGCAUGCUCUAUUCACCCACCUGGAUCUGCUAUUGCCUACUUUACCUAUUGCUUUCACUUCUAAAAUUAACUAUGUAGUGGUGUGCUGAUCCUUGGCUCUGUCCUAACAGUAUUUGAGGAGCAAGGCUAAAUGAACAACAUUGUGAUCUUCAGGUCUGAUCAUUUUUCAGAUGCCAAUUAGAGACAAUGUAGCUUUCAUCCUCCAAGAAGACUGCAGAAUUAAUACAGCAAAAUAGAUGAAAUAAAACUGUGGCUAAAAUUUACAAAGUACAAAUAAACGUUUACUAUUUAAAAGUUUAUUACCCUUCUAUUUUUAUAGAUAUGAGAAAGGACAACUCUCCAAAGGAAAUUCUUUCCUCCAAGUCUUUUAAAAUUAAUUUCACACUAUUUAUAGUAUAGUGUUGUGGUUACAGGUUGUGCAAACAUUUCCUUAUAUAUACAGUACUCAUAAUGUAAUCAAACUCAGUGUCAUCAAUAACAGCACACUUGAAGAAUUCAUAACUUUUGAAGGGUUAUUCCCCACAGGUCAGAUAAUUUUUUGCUAACUCUCUUUGCUCUUACGCACACUUGCUUUCUUCUUCUCUGCUUGCUAUUUCUCUCCCUCACAGUCCCUCUGCCAGUAGGUUUUGAACUGAGGAGUUGAAUGCAUAAACCGUCGUGUGCCGCAUUAUUUAUACUGUCUUCAAGCAUAUAACAUGUGUUUGUUGUCAUAAAGCAUAAGGUUAACAUUGAUUUUUUUAUACCUCUUUUGUAGUUAUUUGAAAACAAUGAAGGAUAUAUGUACUUUGCUAAGGAUUGUUUUAAAAUGCUGAAGAACAAUCAUUUUAUAUUAUAUGAAACUUUGCAGUAUUAUAACUGAACACUGUGAAAAUUAGUUAUACAAAUGUAUCCUGUUUAUUUACAAAUUAAACAAUUAGGUAACGUUUUUGUCUAGAUCUACGAAACUCAGUUUACCAGGGGAUUUAAGUGAUUGUUAUAUAAUAGUCAAAAUGCUGUUAUUUGUAUUGUUGUUGAAUAUUUAGUUUUAAAUGUGAGCUUCAUAUUUUAUGUUCACCUGUCAUCCUUUCCAUGAAAGGAGUCUAUUGUGCACAUAAAAUACAAGUUACAAAAUUUUUAAUUUCCUGUUUUCAUAAAUCAAACACAUACAUGUACAGCUUCA